AUGGUGACUACACAACAGGAGAAGGAACCAGGCCUGCCAGCGGGAAAUUCGCAGGAAAAUCCCACCACGCACGAGCUACCCAAUCAAGAGGACCCUCACAAAGGGGAGAGAAUCGGUCCGGGGGAGCAGUCUCUGGGCGACGAAGUCCCUCAGACCCAGCCGGACGAAUUCCCCCCCAACAUAAUGGAGGUCGCGGCGCAACUGUGCGAAUUCCUGAAAUCAGGUCGGACGAUCGGGGGAAAACCACCGGAAGAUGAGCCACGAAAGAAAGAGGCCCCCGCCGGACGAGAAGGCGUAGGCGAAAACUAUGAUCCAACCUCGAGUCAGGAUCGGGAGCAUCGAGAUGUAGAAAUAAGUAACCUCGCCAGGGAACUAAAAGACCUCCGGAAAAAGAUGGAGGGAGGAAGGGAUCAGCCGAUGGCACGUUCCCUCCUAUCCGCCAAUCCGUUCACUUUAGAGAUACAGGAAUAUUGCGCCCCUAAAAAUCCGUUCACUUUAGAGAUACAGGAAUAUUGCGCCCCUAAAAACUUUCAAUGCCCGGUAAUGCCCACAUACGAUGGAACAGAGGAUCCCAAAUGCCCGGUAAUGCCCACAUACGAUGGAACAGAGGAUCCCAGUGACCACCUGAUCGACUUCCAAGCAAAAAUGAUGAUAUUAGGAGCAGAAGACCCAAUGUACUGUAGGGUAUUCUUUUUGACACUGAAGGGGGCAGCACAACAAUGGUUUUUAUCACUACCACCUCGGACUAUUGAUUGUUUCGAAACCCUGGGCGAGCAAUUCCUGACAUACUUUGCGGGGAGUAUAAAGACUAAAAGGCACUUCACAGCCUUAACCGCCGUACAACAAGGGGAGACGGAGACCUUAAAGGAAUUCCUCGGAAGGUGGAAAAAAGAAAUACAAACGGUGGAAGGUCUGGAUGACCGGACAGCCAUAACAUUAUUUAUGGAAGCCUUAAAAGUUGGCGAUCUGUUCGCAAGUCUCCGAACUGAUACCCCAGAGACAUACGCUCAGGCCAUACAAAGAGCAAACAGAUACGCCGAAACAGAGAAGGCCUUACGACAAAAACAGAGGCGGCGAGAGAAACGCCCGUUAGAGGAAACGAGAACGCGUCCAGUGGAUCGAUCGUCGAAACGAAGGGAUAGGAUCAAUCGUAGCCACCCGCCGGUAGCCCACCGACCCCGGGUCAUCCCUACCCUGGGGGCAAGGGCGGUGCAUGAGAUACACCCGCCUCGGGUAAGGGAGGAUCCCCCACCACAAAACCCCGCGACAGUAGUCAACCACGUACCGGUAAGACAGGGGAAGUACUGCAGAUUCCACGAAUCCCCAACCCAUAGCACGGAGGAAUGCACCACCUUGCAGAAAGAACUAGAUGGAUUGAUAGAAAAGAGAAUAGCCCUCAAACGAAACAUGGGACGACCGCCCCCGGGAGGCCGACAGCCUCGAGGGCCGAAUCAGUGGCAAAGACAAACGGAGAGACCCAGGCAGGAGAGAAGGCCCGUGGGACGGGAGGCCGAAGCGCAACCCGAGACCCCUAGGAUGGCAAGGGAGCCCCAAGAGGAGCAAGACGAUCGUAGCAGAAAACACAACAAACUCGUAAUCCACAUGAUUUGCGGAGGACCAGUCGGUGGGGACAGCACUCGGGAAUGGAAACGCUGGGCCAGACAAUUAUACAUAGGGGCAGUACAGCAUAAAGCACCGCCCAAAAAGGGCCGGAGAGACCCCAUUAUCUUCUCAGAUGACGACUUACCCGAGGGGCCAACCCCGCACAGGGACGCCAUCCUGAUUGCAAUGGACGUCAACGGGGCCACAGUUCGAAGGGUAUUCGUAGACACGGGCAGCAGCGUCAAUGUCAUGUAUCUCGAAACCUUCACCAAGCUGGGACUAACCAAGGAGAACCUGCACCAAGUGAGAACACCUCUUGCGGGAUUCACAGAGAACCUGCACCAAGUGAGAACACCUCUUGCGGGAUUCACAGGAGAUCUGCACCAAGUGAGAACACCUCUUGCGGGAUUCACAGGAGAUAGCAUAGAGCCGGAAGGAUGCAUCACCCUGCCUAUAGAGAUCGGAGAAUACCCUAGGGUGCGAGCUAUAAACAUGGAAUUUGUGGUGGUGGACUUGAAAUCAGCACACAACGUGAUAUUGGGAAGACCGGGUUUGGAGGACCCAGGAGCCGUAGUAUCGCUCGAGCACUUAUGUCUGAAAUUUCGAACACCAGAAGGAAUGGGGAUCGCUAGAUGUGAUCGCCAAGCAGCACGAUCCUGUUAUCUCCUCACAUGUCGCCAGAUAGGGAGCCGAGAUCUACAAGUGCAAACCAUCACAGAAAGGACCACAAAGGAAGAAGCCAGAGACAGGCCAGAACCCGCCGCAGAAUUAGAAGAAGUAGCCUUAGAAAGCUCGAAGCCCGAUCAAAGGGUCUGA